CGAAGGAUGCUUCGAAGGUAUGCUGUCUCAUCAGCAAGCAUGCGCACCUCUCCGACAGAAUACACCGCCGACGAGACCCGUACAGCGACUGAUAAGGAGAGCGCGCGCAGCAGCUGCAGCCAGCCGGGGGACUUGUGGGAUGGUCAGUGCGCAACCGGGGCAGCGGCACUGCAGCAGUCUCGGGCGAACAGACUAAACAUAGCGCACGCCAUGUGGGCACCCAUCAUCGACAACACGAUCAUUAGGCGGCUGCUUUGGUUGCAAUAAAUUGGCUGUGCCGUAGUACAAUUGCCGUCGUCGCGCGCAUGCUCGAGGACAGGAUCCACGCUGCCUGCUGUCACCAUCGCCGUCCUCGGCGACGUCUCGUCGUAGUAGCGCCCAGAGCUGCUCAAGCUGACCCUCGUUGAACCCUCCCGAUAGGUGCCUCGACAACGGAGACAGAGUAGAGCUGUCUACACCAUGGCGCGUCUCCCCGUGUCCAGUCUGGUGAGCCUCGCCUUGAGCGUCGCCGCUCUGGGAAUUGCCAAUACGGGUGCCUCGCCGUCAUCACCCCAUCACCAGCUCUCCUUUCAGCCUGAUGCCUCGAGUGGCGUCUUUACUCAUGCGCAACACGCCGAUGACCUCCUCAAGCAAGCUGCCAGCGCGGUUGGCCAAGCCGGCUCGGCCAGCAGCAGCACCGUGCAAGAUGAUCCGUUUAGGCAGAUGAUGGGCUCCUUCGCACCUUCAUCCUCGCUGCGAAUCGAGCUGCCGUACGAAAGCGUUGAGGCGAGCAGUAUGGCCGGUGCCGCGGCCAGGUCAGUAGAGCAGAUGAUCAUCGAGCAUAGUAACAAAACGGGCGGGAUGCACGCCAUCCUGACGCAUCGCGAGUUCCCCGAGGUCUCCGUCCGCAUCAAGCACAUCUCCUCCGGAACUAAGGCAAAGGCAGCAACGGGGCAAGUGCACUACUCGGCAGCGGAGCAGGAUCGCUCAGACCCAGAUGCGUUCUGCGACCCGGGGGUGUCGAGCUGGUCCGGCUACAUUGACACGAUCGACGGCAAGUCACUCUUCUUCUACUUUUUCGAGUCGCGCUCCAAUCCGGACAAGGACCCGGUCCUGUUCUGGACCAACGGAGGUCCGGGCUGCUCCUCGUCGCUUGGCCUUUUCCAAGAGCUGGGACCGUGCCGCGUCGAGCUGGGCUCGUCCAAGCAUGCGACAGGACCGCCAAUCAACGGGACAGAGGUGAACCCGUACGCGUGGAACACGCGCGCCAAUACCAUUUUCAUCGACCAGCCCGUCGGCGUCGGGUAUAGCUACACGCGCUACGGCGUGCACGUCGGCGACACCGAGUCGGCGUCGCACGACGUGUACAAGUUCUUGCGCAUCUUCUUCUCCGCCUUCGACCGCUUCCACGAUAACGGCCUCAUCCUAUCUGGCGAGUCGUAUGGCGGUAGGUAUCUCCCCAUCUUUGCCAGCGAGGUAGUAGACCGGAACCAGGCGUACGAGCUUCAGGCGCAGAAGCACGGAAAGACGAAGCCGAGCAAGGAGCAGAUCGUGCCGCUCAAGAGCGUGCUUAUCGGCAACGGGCUGACAGACAUCAGCAGGCAGGUGCCGCAGUAUUACGACUUCACAUGCACGAAGAAGGGCGGCUUCAAGCCUUACCUGUCCAUCGAGCAGUGCACGCGCAUGAAGGUCUACCGGGACAAGUGCGCUAAGGAGCUAGCCGUCCACUGCCGUGAGAGCUACAAUGCUGACAAAUGUGCAGAUCUUAACAUGGUCUGCCAAUCGGAGCUGUUUGGCGUCUACGCGCAGACGGGUCGAAACCCCUACGAUAUCACCGACGAUUGCAAAGCGGGCCUUACUCCCAACCUGUGCUACCCCGUCUCAGCUGACAUCCGCAACUACCUAGACCGCGAUGACGUGCGCUCGCUCAUCGGUGCGGCACCGAAGAGCCAGAUCGGCAAGUUCCGCUCGUGCAACUUUGAAGUCGGCGCCAGCUUUGAGUGGCACUACGACAGCCUGCUGGACAACUCGCGCAACAUCGCGGGCUUGCUCGAGCGCGACAUCGACGUGCUCAUCUAUGUAGGCGAGAAAGACGUCAUCUGCAACUGGCUCGGCAACAAGGCGUGGGUCAUGGACCUCGAGUGGUCCGGCAAGGACGCGUUCCACGCCAACAAGCUGCGAAGGUGGCGUGUCGACGGCGACGAUGCCGGCGAGACGCAGCACGGCGGCGGCCUCACGUGGGCCACGAUCAAGGGCGCCGGCCACAUGGCUCCGUACGACAAGCCUGCAGCAUCCCUUGCGAUGCUCCACCGCUUCCUCGACGGCGAGACGCUGUGAUAAGCUCUCCCUCGCCCUCGCUAAGGCCCGAAGAGCAAACAGGAGUGACGACGAGAAGGAAGGCCAGUCCAACAGACCUUGCACUGACGCACGCCGCGGUUUCCACGGGUUUUAAUGCUGGGCCGGAGGGCUCGUCACGUCGGGUGCGCUUCUGCCAGAUGGCAACGACCCCGUGGGAGAAGGAAUUACCCAAUGUCUAGGCAUCGGGUAAGUCUGUAGAACGGAUAUGUUCAUCCAUAAUGCUGCAAUGCAAUCAGUGCUCUGGCGCUGCGGAAUCAAACA